GUAAACCAUUAGUCAAUCGCCUUCCCUAGUCCUCUCCUCUCUCUCUCUCGAAAGCUGCACAGAAACUACCCUCUCUCUACACUACCUUUUCCACAGAGAGAGCGAGAGAGAGGAUCCGUCGGUGUGACAGUCACUAACACUACAUCCGAUCUUCAACGGUGACAUUCAGAUAUACAAGUUUUGGAGUAUUCUGCUAAGUGAUGGAUCAGUACGAGAAAGUUGAGAAGAUUGGGGAAGGGACUUACGGUGUGGUUUACAAGGCACGAGACAAAGUCACCAAUGAGACCAUUGCGUUGAAGAAGAUCCGCCUCGAGCAGGAGGAUGAAGGUGUACCUAGCACUGCUAUUCGUGAAAUCUCCCUCUUGAAAGAGAUGCAGCACAGCAACAUUGUCAAGUUGCAGGAUGUUGUGCACAGCGAGAAGCGUUUGUAUCUGGUUUUUGAGUAUCUUGACUUGGAUCUCAAGAAGCACAUGGACUCAUCUCCUGAUUUCUCUAAGGAUCUACACAUGAUCAAAAGGUAUGUUUACCAGAUUCUCCGCGGAAUUGCGUAUUGCCACUCUCACAGGGUUCUCCACCGUGAUCUGAAGCCACAGAAUUUGUUGAUUGAUCGCCGCACAAACUCACUAAAGCUUGCAGAUUUUGGACUGGCCAGAGCAUUCGGUAUCCCUGUCAGGACAUUUACUCAUGAGGUGGUUACUCUCUGGUACCGAGCUCCAGAGAUACUCCUAGGAUCUCAUCAUUACUCUACACCCGUUGAUAUUUGGUCUGUGGGAUGCAUAUUUGCGGAGAUGAUCACCCAAAAGCCCUUAUUUCCUGGAGACUCCGAGAUUGAUCAACUCUUCAAGAUUUUCAGAAUCAUGGGAACUCCAUACGAGGAUACAUGGCCUGGGGUAACUUCCCUGCCGGAUUACAAAUCCGCUUUCCCUAAAUGGAAACAAACGGGCUUAGAGUCUUUUGUUCCGAGUCUGGAUCCCAAUGGAAUAGAUCUCCUCUAUAAAAUGCUGUUAAUGGAUCCAACCAAAAGAAUCAACGCAAGAGCUGCCUUGGAGCAUGAUUACUUCAAGGAUAUUGGCGUUAUGCCUUAGAAAAGGCUACAGAACCAGUAAUCUCCUUCAUCCACUUUAUAAUUAUCUUUCAAUCUUUUGUUAAUCCUAAGAAGACGAAGCAAAAUACAUUAAUGGUUUUUGUUUAUUCUUUUCCUUUAGUUCUUAUUUUAGUUCGAAGUGUGCUUUGUUUUUUGUUCUUCUAAGCUUUUGAGAUCAUUUUCUUGUGUAUCUUUUUACCAAGUUCAGUAUUCUACUAUAUAUUGUUUUAUUUUGGAAAAAUGUCAUAUUAUCACCUGAUCAGAUAAAAUCGAUCUUGUUGUAAGUUUUCAUCAA